AUAUGGUAUCGUAACUGCAAAUAUCGAACCUCGAUUGUUCUGUCUCACAAUUUGGAUGACCGAGACGGCAAACGACUCGACCUUUUCGAUCUCUUCAAUAUCGGCGAAUAUCUCUACUGCCCCCCCUCCCCCCCUCGCCCUUUCCUGGAUCCCAAUCAGCCUCGCGUCCGACGGUACAGGACCGUGAUCGUUCGUCGACUCGCAUACCAAGUCUCGAACCCAGUCCAAACCUGUUCCAAAACCCCCCAAUAGCCCCCAAACCCUUCUUUUCAAGCCCUUCACCACCCGUAAAAAUCGAAAAACCAUGUCUUCUCACCAACACACCCACGGCCACACCCCCGGCCACCCGACCACCCACCCCAAAGCGGUCGACCCGUCGGCGCCCUCGCACCAACACCUCACGAACCACCCGACCCACCACGACGCAUCUGACAACACCACCGGCCUCCGGUCCAGCGACACCGGCGCCGACGCACACGCCAAACCCAGCACCAAGGUCGCGGGUGACCUCAAGGGCAUGGCCCACGGCGUCGCCGGUUCCGUGGAGGCCGCCACCGGCACCCUCCUCCGGAACAAGAACAUGCAGGAAAAGGGUUUCGAGAAGAUGGGUGAAGAGGACCAGAGACUCGCCGCGAAAUCGGGCAAACCUCCUGUCGGGACGACGGCGGUCGACGCCACGAAUAGCCCCGGAGCCGCCACCAUCGGAAAAGGCCACGCCACCACGGGAUUGUCAAAGUGAGACUCUGGCACUCGGAACUCCCAAGCACACCCACACAGAGACUGACAGACCGAACACAAGUCAAGUCGGUCGGUUUCAUUGCAAAGUAUCAACAAAGGUCUCGGCUGGGGAACAUCAGGUUAGCAUUGCUUUAGAGACCCGGAUAGUGAAUAUCUGGGGGUGGACAAAGGAUGCCGGUGCUGGAAAUUUCGAGGAACGGCUCAUGCUUUACUCUAAGCUGUCUUCCUGGAGGUGUUUGAGCAUCGCGCGAGGACACUAUCAGUUGAUAGCGAUAGCUAUGUAUUCUUAGACACAACAAUAAUGUACAAAGACAAAAACUACAGCGCGAUUAUCGUGCAAUAAGACAGAAAUAUCCUGCCUUGACGUACCGCGUCGACGCCUGAUCGUAUCUCA